GGAUUCACUGCAGACACUUCAGGUCUCACCUUAUAACACCUGACAGCUGGAUUCUGAACUUUAAACUACACAAUGAAGCACUAUGUGAUCAUUAGUCUCCUCUUUGGGUGCAGCCUCAGCUCCUACUCUCAGGUCCCCCUGCGUACGUACACCUACGUUAACAAACAAAUGACCUGGGCUGGUGCUCAGCAGUACUGCAGAGCCAACUAUGAUGACCUGGCAACCAUCACAAGCUCAGAGGACAUGAACAGUCCUGCAUUUGCCAAUCCCCAAAUGUGGAUAGGACUGCAUGACGAUCCAAACGUCUGGAUGUAUAACAUGGGUAAUGAGUCCAACUCCUGGAGGUGGUCAGCAACUGGUAAAACAAGCCCAACUGGUUAUAAAAACUGGUCCGCUGGUCAACCCAACAAUAAUGGUGGACGUGAAACCUGCGUGGUAAUGAAUCCUAAUGGACAAUGGGAUGAUGUGAUCUGUGGUCAAUUAAAUCCCUUUGUUUGUUACAGUGUGACAAACCAAAAUCAAACAAUGUACGUGUUCAUCGCAAACAACUUCACAUGGAAUUCUGCUCAAGCAUAUUGCAGACAAUACUACACAGACCUGACUACAAUCAACUACAGUGAUGACAAUGCUGCCGUCUAUUCUGCAAAACCACAAGCUCAACUAGUUUGGAUCGGUUUGUACCGAGUGUCUUACACCUGGUCUGACAACUCUCCUAGCACCUACAGAAGCUGGUAUUACAUCAGCCCAAACAACUACAAUUUUUUAGAGUUCUGUGGGUACAUGGUGUCUAUAAAUGAAUGGGAUGAUGGGAUGUGUAGCAGUGUUUUGAGCUUCGUCUGUGAACGAGUUUCAAAACAGAAAACCAUGAUAAGGAUGAAGAUCAAGACUGAUGCAGACCUUACAAAUUCAGUCAUUAAUGCCCAGAUCCUCCAGCAGGUAGGUGCAAAGCUGAGCAUUCAGGGAUGGACUGGGUUUGAUCUGCACUGGAACACUAAACCGCAAAAAAUCAAACAAGAAACUGAAACGGUGGACCCACAUGCACGGCUCACGACAGUCACGGGUGAUAUUAAAUGGAUUUAUUUUAACAAAAGACGGGAUCAAGUUCAGGCGCGGUCAUACACAGCUUUAAACCAAAGUCAUAGAACCUACACGUUCGUCUCAAACAUGUCGACGUGGACCUCUGCCCAGUCGUACUGCAGGGAACACUACACAGACCUGCCGGUGAUCGACAACAGCUUUGAAAACACUGACGUCUAUGAAACCAAACCAGGCCCUGCUCAGGUUUGGAUCGGUCUGUACAGAGUCCCGUGGGUCUGGUCCGACAAGUCCCAAAGCACCUUCAGACACUGGCAGCCAACCAAACCAAACAACUACGGUGGAAACCAACACUGCGUGUCUGUCAGUGGUCAAGGUGAAAUGGACGAUGACACGUCAAUGAAGUGUUACGUGGUCAUGACUCUUCUGCUCGUUGGGUGCAGCCUCAGCUCCUACUCUCAGGUCCCCCUGCGUACGUACACCUACGUUAACAAACAAAUGACCUGGGCUGGUGCUCAGCAGUACUGCAGAGCCAACUAUGACGACCUGGCAACCACCGCAAACUCAAAGGACAUGAGCAAUUCUGUAUUUACCAAUUCACCAGUGUGGAUAGGACUGCAUGACGACCCAAACGUCUGGAUGUAUAACAUGGGUAAUGAGUCCAACUCCUGGAGGUGGUCAGCAACUGGUGAAACAAGCCCAACUGGUUAUAAAAACUGGUCGACUGGUCAACCCGACAAUAAUGGUGGACUAGAAACCUGCGUGGUAAUGAAUCCUAAUGGACAAUGGGAUGAUGUGAUCUGUCGUCAAUUAAAUCCAUUUGUUUGUUACAGCGUGACAAACCAAAGUCAAACAAUCUACGCGUUCAUCGCGAACAACUUCACGUGGAGUUCUGCUCAAGCAUAUUGCAGACAGUACUACACAGACCUGACUACAAUCAACUACAGUGAUGACAAUGCUGCCGUCUAUUCUGCAAAACCACAAACUCAAUCAGUUUGGAUUGGUUUGUACCGAGUGCCUUGGACCUGGUCUGACAACUCUCUCAGCACCUACAGAAACUGGUUUUACAUCAGCCCAAACAACUACCAUCAAACAGAGUUCUGUGGGUACAUAUAUACUUAUGGCCAGUGGGAUGAUAUGAUAUGUAACAAUGCUUUGACCUUCAUCUGUGAACGAGUUUCAAAACAGAAAACCAUGAUGAGGAUCAAGCUCAAGGCUGAUGCAGACAUUACAAAUUCAGUCAUUAAUGCCCAGAUCCUCCAGCAGGAAAUUACAAGACAGACCAAGGAAACAAAGCCAAAAAGGGAAGCCAGGCUGCCUUCUGAUGGUGUGGGAGCCGAGCCACAACAACAACAGCCCAGAGCACAGUGCGGAGUAGAGAGUUGUGUUGGCACAGUACAGCACUAUACACCUAGGCACAAAGCUGAGCAUUCAGGGAUGGACUGGGUUUCAUCUGUACUGGAACACUGAACCCCAAAAAAUGAAACAAGCAACUGGUGGAACCUCAGCGUGCAAUUUUUCAUAAAUUCACAUGAAGGCUGCAUUUUACUCCACAGCAUUGUUUUAUCAUGACUCUAUAGCUACAUACCAUUACAUAAAUCAGUUGCAUUUGUGUGAAAGUGGCUUUUUAAUUUUUUUUAGCAGCCUUCAUCAUUGCUUCAUUGCUUGGGCAAGCAGCAUGCAGACACGGGGAGGCGUGGAAUGUCUUGCUCAAAGACACCAGGUUUCUAAAAGCAUGCACGGAACAUGUUUGCUGCCGAAAAUGAAUAAAACAUUCUACUUUAAAUCAUUCUAAGAACUUUAUUGUGACAAUUAAAGCUUGUCUAACAAGAAUUUGCUAAUUUGCUCUGCAUAGUUAUUUGAUCAGGUUUUUAAGACAAAGUGGGGAAGAUCUAAAGCAGCAAAUGGAAUCCUGAUGAGAGACUUUAACAUUCAUACUGAGCUUGUCCAGGAGCUGGUGAGUGAGAAUAUUGAUUAUUUGAACUCUUAUAUCUCAAAGGACCUUUACAGUUUUUCUCAGUCGCUUUAGUACAAUUUUCCGAUCAGAAUUAAAGUUUGCAAUUAUGUGUGUGCUUUUCUCAAAACCACUUGUACAAACAGCAAAACACUGUGGAUUUCUUGCAAAAGCCUGUAACUUGCUCAAAAUCUUUAGUUCAUCUCUCAAGUCUUCUAAGUUUUUAUAUCACUGAUAAUGUCAGUGCCAUCAGAAUGUCAUGUCCUUGUGUCAUUGUAUACGAAACAAGACAGUCAAAUUACUUACUCAUGUUGUCAAUAUUACUGUGUACUUUGGAGGGAGGUUCUGACAUAAACUAGGGCUACAGUUUGGAUGACAAUUACUGUAAAAUGUAAGUUACACCUUUUUGUUUGAUUGCAAGAGACUGGACAAUGGCAGCCAGGAGGGUCAUUUGUUUAUGUGGCUGGUGAUCAUAAACUAAAUCUCCUUGCUUGGAAAAAUUCCUAAAUAGGGUUAAGGAAUGGAGAGUAGGGUGAGAUGAAGUCCAUCCGCUUCUCUGUGUGGGCUGCUUACCAUUGCCUGAUGGUGUUGGAAUGAUGAAAAUUCACAUUGUCCCAAACUAUCACAUACUUUGGCAGGUGAUCUCCACUCUGACUCCUCUCUUCUUCAGGGAUGAUAUCUAUGUAGAGAGUUUUUAGAAAUGUGAUAGGAUGCUCUGUGUUGUAUGGACCAAUUAUGGGAAUAUGAGUAAGCACACCAUUGUCAGACAUAGAACAUUGUGUUGUGCUGAAUACAUAUAUAUACUUGCCACUUGAUGGUUAUUGAGAUCCACCAUUGUUAGAGAAACUCAUGUCACCUUUACCAAAUCAGGACAGGUUUAGAAAAAAACAUAUAAUAGAGAUGUAUAGAAAUAUGUUUGUCACAUUAUGACAACUUGGUAAACCAUUUUGCAGUUAAUGACUUAUACGAUAAACAAAUGACUAGAUGUUUUGAGGAGUAAGACUAUUCCUAUUUAAAGAAAGAAGCUAUAGAUCGAGAGCUAUAGAUAUAAGAACUAUAUAAUACAUUUUGAUCAACAUGACAUAAACAAUUGAUAAUGUAGGAAAGAGCAGGGAAUUGUACAUAAUCAUUCGCAUGGAUGUACCAAAGCAGUUGCAACUUGUUCAAAGAAAGGAGAAACUGCUUACUGUAUAUGAUGUGCACAAGUGACAUCAUGAUGUGAAGAUUGAACAAAUAGUUUUGAGAAUUUCAUUCUGAUCUGAGAAUUGUACUAAAGCGACUGAGAAUAACUGUAAUACAUCUUGCCUGCUGCAUUCAACACAAAUAUAUCCAGAUAUCCAGUGCAGUAGAUGUCACUUUUGGUCAUUGGUGCUGUACUUGGAAAAUCUAAAGUCAAUGAGUUAAAUAUAGAAAUGUCUUAGAAACAUAUAGAUUUAACUGCUCAAUCAAUAGGAGAAAAAUAAAGAUGAGUUAGGCCAGUGAACUCCUACUGCAUAGGGCUGGAAUGUUUUACAUUGUAAAUAGUUGCUAUUGGGUGGCUUUUAACCAGAUAAAGCUUUGCAUAUUAAAAUUAUGUUUCUUCAAACAUGCAAGAGGUA